AAAAAAAAUGAUAUGAUUGGCCAAAGAAAAGAUUUUAACUUUAUUAAAAUGAAGGAUGAUAAAGUUACUCAUGUUUUUGUCAAAACAUUUAAAGAUUAGAAUAUAGAUUAAUAAACACGUUACAUAGAUGAAUGAAGAAAAACUGAAUAUACGUCGUACAUUACGAGAUGAAUCAGGAUCAGAUUCCAACAUUCACUUGUUAGCUACACAGUCCACAACAACAUCCUCGAAUAGAAAUGAAAUUCAAUUAUUUGAUGGAAAGAAUAGUCCACAAAAUAUAUCUGUGUAUGGGUUUUUACUUGGUAUGGUCUGCAGUGCAGGCUUUAUGUUUGCAUUUUUAAGUAACUCUACGAUACCCCAGUUUGGGAUCUUUUUAUCUGCCUUGGCUUUGUUUCACUUUUUAGAAUAUAUUGCCACUGCUUUAUUUAAUGCGGAUAAGUUAUCAUUAGACUCUUAUUUGAUCAAUCAUAGUGCUCAUUAUCAUGCUGCUCAUGCUGCUGCCCUGAUAGAGUUUUUAAUAGAAUUUUAUUUCUUUCCUCAAUGGAAAAAAUGUGGCUGGAUUAAUUAUUUAGGAUUCUUUUUGGUUGUGUUGGGCCAAGGAUGUCGUACAGUAGCUAUGUUUUCAGCAAGACAUAACUUUUCACAUCAUAUAGUCGACUAUAAAGAAAAAGAUCAUGUCUUGGUUAAAGAAGGCAUUUAUAGUAUCAUGCGCCAUCCAUCUUAUUUUGGCUUUUAUUGGUGGGCAAUUGGAAUUCAAAUCUUAUUGUUGAAUCCAGUUUGUCUUGUUUUAUUUAUUUACUGGUUACAUCGUUUCUUUUCAGAACGUAUUCAGUAUGAAGAAUAUACCUUAUCUCGUUUCUUUGGUCAAGAAUGGAUUAAAUAUAAAUCAGACACACCUACAUGGAUGCCUUUUAUUCAUUAAAAAGAGAGAGAGAGAGAAAAUGAAAGACGUGUCUUUUAAAAUAUAGACAUGGAUAUGGUAUCUUCCCCUUUAUUUUUUUUUUAUUUUUUUUUUUUUU